UCAAAAUCUGCACAGGCAGAACAAGGUUGGGAAAGUCCAGUUUCGGGAUUAUUGUUUCCCCUUUCCACCCCUUGCUGCUCCCAGAGCUUUGGGGAUGUGCCUAGACCCACCACGGCUGUCAUCCCAGCCAAAAGCAAGCAGAACAACCCCUGGCCGGCGGCCAGCUGUCUCACUUACAGCUACCUCCCCCUCGCUUGCUUUUUACAAUACAGGCUCUUCCUUUCUCAGCGCGUCUAAAGUAUAGCGCAGUGAAACCGCGGUCCGACUCUCCAUCGAGCCCAGGACAGCAUGUCUGGUAGCCAAUACGUAGACUCAGAGGGGCUCCGGCACAGCGCGCCCGUCCGGGAGCACGGGAACAUCUACAAACCCCACAACAAGAGCAUGGCCGAGGAGCUGAACGAGAAGGCGAUGCACGACGUGCACACCAAGGAGAUCGACCUGGUCAACCGGGACCCCAACGGGCUCAACGACGACGUGGUCAAGAUUGAUUUUGAAGGUGUCAUUGCUGAACCUGAUGGAACACACAGUUUUGAUGGGAUUUGGAAGGCCAGCUUCACCACCUUCACUGUGACAAAAUACUGGUUUUAUCGCUUACUGUCGGCAAUCUUUGGCAUUCCUCUGGCUCUCAUCUGGGGUAUUUACUUUGCCAUUUUGUCAUUCUUACACAUCUGGGCAGUGGUGCCAUGCAUAAGGAGCUACUUGAUUGAGAUCCAAUGCAUCAGCCGGGUCUAUUCUAUCUGCAUCCACACAUUCUGUGACCGAUUAUUCGAGGCCAUCGGCAAAAUGUUCAGCACUAUCCGGACAACAGUACGAAAAGAAAUAUAAGUGAUGCUUCAAGGACAGCUCUCUGUCUGGAGAGUCUUUUUGUGUGCCAAUUUCAAGGCUCCUAAAUCAAUCUGCAGUAACUGCUGGUGAAUAUACUGGCCCAAAACAAAGAAUCAUGUGUUCGGUUUUUAUUACUAAUAUUUAUCCCUACUGGAUUUUUUUUCACUCUGCAUUUUUCAAACUGAUCUUGAAUUGAUACUCUCCCAUUCCAGCCGCAUAUCAUUUUGCUGACCAUUUGAUAAACAUAUUGAUGUGCUUUUGUUCGGGUUUUUUUUUAGCCCUCCAUUAAUUCCUUGCAAGAUACAUUCACAAUGAUAUAAUAAAGAACUGCAAAAAUGCUUUUCAACACUGUCAUGCCAUUCAUUUUAUUGUGGGCAAACAGUAUAAAGCUAUUGCAGCAGAAUGAACCUGACAAGUUGGCAGGUUUUAAAAGAAUGUUCUUUUUUCAAUUGUAUUGUCAGUUGACUACAGCCAUUUACUGUAAUGGUCAGAUAUGAAAAGACAGAUAUAAACAAAUUACUUAACUAAUAUAUGUUCUGAAAAUUUAAUGCCUUAUCAGGUCAGAGACUUUGACACAUAAAACUUUCCAUGUCUGAAUGCUGAAUGUCCAUAAAAAGCUACAGUUAAUGCCUUCUUGUGUCAUAGUAGCUAUCCUGAAAGUUUGCUGCCAACUGUUUGUCAACCCUUCACUAUAAUUACAGAAGCAAACUGAAGAUCAAAAUUAAAAAAUAUUGUUUUUAACAUGUUUUUCUGGCAGUGACUUAUGAUAUGUCUCUUAGCUAAUAUGUAGGUGUUCAUCACACCAGUAAAUAUCACAAAUGUGUCUGAGAUGACACUGGCUUAAAAAAUGAAUAAUCCAGGUGCGCCAAACUCAUGCCAUAUCAUGCCAACUAUAGCUGUCUCUGAGAGAAGCCAGCUUUAAAAAACCUUCCUGUCAGCUGAGGUCAGCAUGCUGUUAGCUCACAGAUUAGUUUCAGGAGAAUUCACGCUUUGCUGAGUCCAAACUAAUCCAUCACAAGAGAUGCUUUAGAAACUCCACAUUGUGUUCCACUUUUUUAGCUGAGCUGCAGCCAUCAGGAAGUCUUAGUGGAGGGUAUUGUGUGAAACUGUCAAAUGUUGCAAAGCACGAGCCCUUGAAAAUAAAGCAUUUGCAACAUAUUAUGCUGUGACCCAUGGGAGCCUUUGACCUUACAGUGAUGUUACUGAGUUCAGAGGACAUCCUCAUAAGGUUUGCAUGAAGCAUUUGAACCCUUAAAACCUGAAAUGCACAUAAAGUUGUCUGGUAUCGUCAAAGCUUCCUGCCUAAUGCUUCAUAUGAAUCGGGGUGCCUUCCAUUCAAUUUCUGCCACAAGUGCAUUUAAAUCUGUUUGGAGGAUGCAGCUGCUGCUUCUUCUCUCUCUUUUUUUUUUUUUUUUUUUUUUUUUUUAAUAGGCACAUGGAUUGCAAACCUAUUAACUACUUUUGUUUUGCAUUUAAAACAGACCCUGGUAUGGGUAGAGUUUUAUGGUUUUCCUAUGCACAGAACUGAGAGUGUACUAUUAUAGAGAUUUUGCAGUUCUAAAAACAAGCAAGAUUGUAAACAAGAAAUAUUUUAUCUUGAUAUGAGGAAAAUCACUUUGAAAGGCCUCCUUGAUUUAUCAUGUAAACUGUGUAUCCUGAAACACAUCUGUUCACUUAGACUUAUUAGUCCCUAAUCCAAAUACAUUGCUGAUCUGAGACAUUUACAUUGCUAUUAUAUGCUUACAGAUUUAACUGCCACCUUUUUUUUAUUUUGCAUGUACUGCAAAGCCUACAAUCUACGCAAUAAAAAACAUUUAAUGGUA